CAAAAUAAAUGUCAGGCGCAGUCAGCCCAAGUCAAACUCGAACGCACCUUUGUCACAUUCAGCCAUUCAGUAACCACACAACCCUCAGUCCGGAGAAAAGCAGAAAAACCUCCAGUCUGGAAAAUAUGGAAGAAAGUCAGCAGACCAGAGCGAGAGAAAACUACCUGGGACCUGAGGACUACUUUAUGGCUGCUGCCGUUCUGUCAGCCAAAAGAAGCAAAGACCCAAGCACACAGGUCGGGGCGUGUAUAGUGAACCAGGAGAAUAAGAUAGUUGGCAUUGGUUACAAUGGUAUGCCCAAUCGAUGUGAUGGCAAGCUGCCAUGGGCACGUAAUGAUGGUAACAAACUCGACCCCGAAUCUAAAUACCCGUAUGUGUGCCAUGCAGAGCUGAAUGCCAUUAUGAACAAGAACAGUGCUGAUGUGAAAGGCUGCACCAUGUAUGUGACUUUGUUCCCCUGCAACGAGUGCGCCAAGCUCAUCAUCCAGGCAGGUAUUAAGGAAGUGGUCUAUCUUUCUGACAAGUACCAUGACACGCCAGAUGUGAAGGCCUCCAAAAAAAUGCUCAGCCUGGCAGGCGUACAGACGAGGGAGUUCACGCCCAAGGAGAGUGAGAUUGUCAUUCCAUUAAAUAAAUGAAUGCUGAACAGCGCAGAACGAAUCGGGGAGGCAGAGGAAGACUGACGAGAUGCCUGACUGCAAUAUGUGAUGGGUCGAAAGCAAGAAUGUUUAAAUCCAGAGCCAGCAGAUUCUCUUUUAAUUAUCACUGGUAAUACCUUUUAUUUUAGAUUUCUUUCAUUGUGUUAAAAGGCUCUUAAAAACAUCUUCCUUUAUUGUAUCUGUGGAAGAUUAGACCACAUGCUGUUUCUGUUUGCUGUCACACUGUCUAAUACGUUGUUGAGGACAAGCAUAUAAAACCUAAUCAUUUGUUCCUAACAUGUUCAGAGUUUUCCCAUCAAUAUAUACUCAAUAAACCACAAUGACAAAGUGAAAA